AGUUGAAAGUGGUUGCUAGUUUGGAAAAUAUGCGUCUGUUCGUGGCUCUGGUUUGUGUCAGUUUGGUGGCAGUGUCAUCUGCCCAGUUGUCCCUGCGCGGAAGAUUGGGACGCUCUGCGAAGGUGGACUUGUCAGUGGAGCCACCCACAUUGCUGGCCAAGGCAGCUGGAAUUGUGCCCACUGUGCUUGUGAAGAAUGCCGGCAUCGUGCCCACUGUGCUGGUGAAGAAUGCAGCCCAAAUCCUACCUGCCGUCAAUGUUGCCGCCGAUGUGGAAACGCCCAGCAUCCUGCCUCAAGUGUCCAACAACAUCUUGCCCUACUAUCCCCGCUACUGGCCCGACUAUGGAUCCUUUGGCUAUCCCGGCGACUGGAACGGUCCCAGCUACUGGGACAACAACUACUACGACUAUGGAGCACCCUAUCUGCGCAGACGUCGUCUUGUUAAGCCCGUUCUGUCCCCUGCCGUGAUUAGUGCACCCACAAACUCCGACUCCUCGUCCACCACCACCACAACCACCACCGUGUCUGGUGAGGAUUCGCCAGCUGUGACUACCGAUGUCGUUCCCGAUCAGGCUGACGCUUCCGAAAAUCAGAUUGCUGAACCCGUGUUCACCACCCAGGUGAUCUAAGGAGAGGUCUGAAAAAUAAUAAUUGAAGCUAAUAUAUUGAGCAA